AUUUGUGUGUCCAUUUAUUCAUCCUUCCCUUGCCAUUACUCCAGGCAUCUCCCUUAAUUAAUUUGAUACGGGAAUCAAACUGAUGUAGUUAUAGGGUCUUCAACAAAAUAGCUCAAAUUCUAGGGAAGAAUCAGUAAUUUUUGGCCUCCAGCAGGAAGCCUGGAUUUGCAAGGUUUGAGGAAGCGACCAAAUUCAACAUGUAGUAGCUUGCUUGGGGCAUUAAUAAAUACUAGGAAGAGGAGUCUGGCUCUUGAGAAGUGAAUCCCAUUCCCAGUACAGGUGUGGGCUACAGUGUAUUCUGCCUGGAGGAAAGGGCCAUCAUUUAUAGGGGGGAACCCUCUUCCAAGAGUUUAGGAGUAUCUGGAAGUCUUACAGCCUCACUGCUAGAAAAGGGGAAACAUCUAUUCUGCCAUGUUCUAUUACCCCAGCGUUUUGCAACGCCAUACAGGAUGCUUUGCUACAAUUUGGUUGGCCGCGACUGGCGCUACCAAACUAUUGAAGCGAGAGUACCUGAAAGUCAAUGUCCCACAAACCUGUGAGGAGAUCAUGGCCUUCAUCCUCGUGAGAGCCCCACCACCCAUGCCUGGUGCUCCUCGGCCCCGAUUCUCGCUCUACCUCUCUGCUCAGCUACAGUAUGGGGUGGUUCGCGUGUACAGCCGGCAGUGCCAGUAUCUUAUCGAGGAAAUCCAGCACAUCUUGGAACGGCUGAACCGGGCCCGGCAGCAGAUCCGUAUUGACCUGACGGACCUGGAGCAGCAGGGGUUGCUGCUCCCUGAUCAGCUGGCCCUCAUGGGAUCUCUGGAGGAAGCUCCGGACCCCUUCUUUGGGAUGAUGGAGCCGGUGCUGCCCAGCCCUGUAUCCAUUCCACACGUCCGAUCCAUCCUGGAAGCAGCUACCCCUGAAAGAAGCCCUCUGGAACGUCUUCCUCCAUCUCUUUGGGGCUGGAAGGCAGGGGAGUUACCCAUCACCGUCUCUCCUGAAACAAUCACUCUCAAGGAGCCUGAACCCAUCACCUUGCUGAAGAUUGAAGGAGAGCGAGAUCUGCCCGAAAUCACAGCGCAGGAGAUCGACCUGUUGGUCGAACAGGAGGGGUUUCUGGUGCCUGGCGAAGAGAAGCCUCUGCGGUCGCCCCGCGUUUCUUCCAGGAAAAGGCGUGCAGAAGAAGAGUCUGCGGAGGAAGUCAGAGAACAGGAGCCUUUGGUGUCCUUGGGGCUGUCGCCUCCCACACGGAUUGGGGAAGAGCUGUCGGCGGCUGCAAGGGAGACAGGACUCCUGUUCACGGAAGAGAUCCCACUCCCCAGCAAAGUCCCUCUGCUGCCUUUGGAGAUGACACCUCUUUCAGAGGGACCCAGAUUGCUGCCUUCUCCCCAUUCGCCCCCUGUCAGUCCCCUGCUCGAGAGACGCUCUCCGCUGAGCCCUGAGCUCCGCCUGCCUGCGUACGAGCCGUCCCUGCUGCGCCCCACCAGGCGGCGAAGGCAGCUGCGCUUCCUGGACGAGGUGACCCAGAUUUCCCGAGAAGACUUCCAGAAACAGAUCUUGGACCCGCAGACACAGUGUCAGCCCCUGGAGAUGAUACUUCUCCCACCAAAGAGGCUGAAGACUCCAGCAGAGCUUUUAGGAACUCCAACAUACGGAUGGAUGCAUCCCACCCUCAAUGACCUCUGGGCCCGCUGCACCAACCUCCAGCGCGUGGAUUAUGCCAGGCAGCGAGCAGCAGCAGCGGAGGAAGAAGCACUGAGAGAGGAGGAGGAAGCAGUGCAAAAAGCUGAAUUUCCCAGUGAGCUGGAGGAGCUGCGAGCAGCAGAAGAACCAAGUGUGCCACCUGUGGGCUCCUCAGAGAUUUCCCUUGAGACAACCGAAGAAGAACUUCGGCCUAGCUUGGUGGUAGGUGAGGAGAGGAUCCUGCUGGAGCCAGAGGCGGCGGCGCUGCCUAUUGUGCCCGAACUCCCUGAAAUAAGUUUUGAGCUGCCCUUGGAGAAGGACGUGGUCACCAUGGACUAUGUGCGCAGGUUCAUUUCAGUCAGACUGGAACAGGCCGGGGAGAUAGAAUUUGACCAGCUGGUGCCCUUUGUGGCUUCUCGGGCUGUUGCCAGCCGAAUAUUCUACAUUUGUUUGGUUCUUGCUGCCAACCAGUGCCUGCGCUUGGAGCAAAGGGAACCUUAUGGACAGAUUGUCAUUAAACCUGGACCCCGUUUCCACCUAAGGUAGCUGCACUUGAUAGACUCUUGCUGGUACAGAUCUUGCCCUCUGGGAUGCUCUGUUGCUCCCCAAGGUAUGGGCAGAGGACGAAUGCACCACUCCUCAGAGUGGGAGAGUUGCUUCCUCUUUCACAUGGUGUUGGGCAAGAAAAGAUGCACUUGUCGUUCAAACCUUCAUUUUCUAACUGAAUA